GUGAAAGUGUUUUGGAGUCGAAUAUAAACUGUCCUCAAUACCUUUGCAAUAUUCAUUGCAUUUACAAUUAGAUUGUUAGACAAAAAUUAAAGCAGGUGAAAUAAUAAAGCACAAGGUGGAAUAUUUACACUUUCUCCACUAAGCUGACUGGAAACAGUUUGUGGCAGCUUUCCAUGGUUCAGGAGGAAGGAGACCAUGUGUGGGCAUAGCUGACUGGGCCUUCUUAUAUAAGCAGAGGAAACUCCCACUCAGAGUGAGACAGCAAUUGCAUGUGCGAGGGACAGAACACCGGUGAAUUUUUUUGAUGCUGAACUGCAAAAGGAGGAAGACCCAGAUAUAGCAGGUGACAAGCAGCACUUUGGAGACUGGAUUUUGGACUAAUCAUGGAGCCUGAUUUCAGAUACCCCCAGGUUUACACCGUGGGCAGUGAUCCAAACCUUGAUCAUUAUCCGACAGUUCCAGCGCACCCAGUAAUGCUGCCAACACAGAAGGAAAGGAAGACGGAGUGGCAGAAAGCAUGCACUGUUGUAAUUCUAUUCCUGGCACUCUUAAUAUUAGCUGGAAUGGCAUUUGGGGGCUUCUAUUUGUUUCAACUCCAUCAAAAACUCGACAAAAUAAAAGAGGGUCAGGCCAGUGAAGGUCAACAACAAAAGAUUAUUGCAGGGCCUCCAGAGAUCAGUAAAUCGUCUGAGAUUGUUGCGCACGUUACAGGAUUGAACGUCAUUAAGAAUUCCAAGACACUCGGGUGGGAUGCUAAGUUGGGUCUUGCCCUGGUCAAAGGAGUAAGCUACAAUGCAGGAGCAUUGAUCAUCAAUGAAUCUGGAAACUACUUAAUUUACUCCAAAGUGUUCUUCCGAGGGCAAGUGUGCAAACCGGACGUUUAUCUGGAACAUAUUGUGUUUAAACGAACUAACCUCUAUCCUAAAGAUAUUAAACUCAUGGUUACCAAUAAUGGCAACAGUUGUCCCAGGAGUAGUGCAGGGUGGUCAAGCAACAGCUUUCAAUCAGGAAUUUUUAACUUAAAAAAGAAUGAUCGCAUAUAUGUGAAUGUCUCCGAUCCUACAUUUGUUAACUUUGAUCAACUUAACACAUAUUUUGGAUUACAUAAGCUUUAAUUUACAUUUUGAAAUGCAUGUUUUCUUUUACUGUGGCUCUUAGACCUAAGCAUCUAAGUAUGCGCAUAACAUAUUCUCUACAUUAGAGAAGUCCUUGAGAAAGAGUAAUUUAAUAACAUGCUAUAGUCAAGCCAAUAGUGGAAUUGUCUGAAUAUAGAUUGAACUGGAUGGGAUAGAGGGCAAGAACAAUUCUAACAAAGAAGAUUUGCAGUCCUCCAAUGGGAUUAAUGUGUAAUAAACUAAUUAGAAUUUUCUGAAGAUUUAGUCAUAUCCAGAGUGUGCUUACAUUGAGUUUGGCUA